AUGGGUCCAAGUCCAAUAGAGCAGAAUCCACGGGAACAGAAUAUCACUGACAAUGAUGGUGAUCGAGAAAGUGAUGAUGACUGGCACAUUGGCUAUGAAGUUGAAAUGCAUGGCAUUGGUGUCGAAGAGUAUGUAGAUAGUGGAGACGAUAUAAGUGAAACGAAAUCGGACUCAUGUGAUGGGAAUGAUGGAGAUCGUUAUUCUGGUUAUCAGAUUCUUCCUACUUCGGAUAACUCAUUCGAGGUCACAAGCACUGAUCGCGAUCAUACCAAUGCAGUAGUUCAAAAGGAUUUCGAGAGGGUUUUGAGUUCAGAAAAUAGAAAUUCCGGCUUCGAAUUUAAUGCUGCAAAAUCGAUUGAACUGACUGAAGAUAAAAUAGAACAAAUUAAGAAGACGAUGUCAUCAUUCAGUCUUCCUGCUCCGUCAUGGGCAAAGGGAAUUGACAGUGAUAAUGAAUUGAAGAAACUAAUGGAAAAACUGAAAUCAAAAUGA